AUGCCAGUGGAGCAGCAGUGCUACCCCGGGCAGCUUGUGACACAGGGCAGCUCCCGCCUGCGUCUCCCAGGGUCAGCAGCCAGGGCGGGGGGCAAGCCGCAACGCCCAGCACCCUGCGCCAAUCAGGGGCAGGCCCAGGCGGCGACGCCUGGCCUGGUCUCCUCCCCCAGCCGCUUUGUGCAAUGUAAGGCAGAGCUGCUGGUUUGCAGGCGCUCGCCGGUUCCUGGAACGCGGCGUAUUACAGCGGCCGGCUGCACCUAUAGCCUGAGCCUGCUUCGCUUCCUGUCCCGGCAGCCGCCAGCACCAGCCGCCUUCCUCGGCCCCCUACCGCCACAGCACCCCAUGGAGAAGGCUGAGGACGAGCCCCAGGGCUUCCUGCCGCCCUUCGAGCACUUCGCCACUCAGGCCAUCCACGUGGGGCAGGAGCCAGAGCAAUGGACCUCCAUGGCCGUCGUGCCCCCCAUCUCUCUCUCCACCACCUUCAAGCAGCAGGCGCCCGGCCAGCACCGCGGUUUUGAAUAUAGCCGUAGUGGAAAUCCUACUCGGAAUUGCCUGGAAAAGGCUGUAGCCGCACUGGAUGGAGCCAAAUACUGUUUAGCUUAUGCUUCAGGCUUAGCGGCUACUAUGAAUAUUGCACAUUUGUUAAAAAUGGGAGACACUGUUAUCUGUAUGGAUGAUGUUUAUGGAGGUAAGUGAGCACAAAUAUAUGUUGGGUCUU